UUGCAGGUGUUUUCGAACAGGAUCCCACUGCCGUAAAGGCGACUGCGCUGGCUCGGCUGAAGGGAAGAGGUUUCCCCGAGGUUUCGGCUCGCUGCUGCCCGGAGCGCGGUUCCGGCUAGGUCGGUGCGGAUCCGGAGCGCGGGUGACUAGGGGGCGCCACUCGCCUGUUGGAGCCGCUCCGCCCGUCCCAGCAGGGACUUGCUCGGGGAAGGAAGGCGGACGAAGGCAGGAGCGCAAGCCGAGGAUGUGGCGCUGGGAUGCGCGGGUGACGAAUCUCUUCAAGAGGAACCUUCAGCCCACGCUGACCUACUGGAGCGUCUUCUUCAGCUUCGGCCUGUGCAUCGCCUUUCUGGGGCCCACCCUGCUCGACCUGAGCUGCCAGACCCAGAGCUCGCUGUCGCAGAUCACCUGGGUCUUCUUCUCGCAGCAGUUCUGCCUGCUGGUCGGGAGCUGCUUGGGCGGCGUGUUCAAGAGAACAUUGGCACACUCUCUGCUCGCUCUCUUUGCUUCAUCCCUGGCUAUUUCUGUGGUUUUUGCCAUCAUCCCUGUCUGUCACAAUGUGGUGGUUCUUGCGGUGGUCAUGGCUGUGGCUGGGCUGGCGAUGGGGUGUAUCGACACACUUUCCAAUAUGCAGCUGGUGAAGAUUUAUCAGAAGGAUUCAGCGGUCUUCCUGCAGGCCCUUCAUUUUUUUGUGGGUUUUGGUGCCCUGCUAAGUCCUCUGAUAGCUGACCCUUUUCUAUCAGACACCAAUUGCAUCCUGGCAAAUGGCACAGCCAGUGGUAGUAGCAACCUCCCUCACAUCCGGAAGUCAUUGGUCCCACAUCAUCCUGGGAACCUGACACAUUAUGACCUACCCUUAAAAGGACUGACCAGAGUGUCUUAUGCUUUCUGGAUUAUGGCUCUGAUCAACCUGCCUGUCCCCAUUGCAGUAUUCUUUUUACUGUAUAAGGAAAGGCUUGUGCCGUGUUGCCCCACUGGAAGUCCCCCACUGUUACCUGCAGACGAAUUGGCAAUGGAAACACGGAUAACUGACAAAGAUGACUCUUCUACUUCCUCAUCAAAAAUCCAAGUAGAAAUAGGGCAUGAUGACCUCUUUGGGUGCUGCCAAAGCAAGAAUUUCAGAGGACUUCCUUGCUCUUACUUUGGUGUCCAUGUGACUGGAGCUCUUCUCCUUUUUAUGACAGAUGGGAUCCUGGGUGAAUACUCUGGCUUUGUAUACAGCUACGCAGUAGAGGAACCACUCUCAGUGGGACACAAGAGGGCUGGCUAUCUGCCCAGUCUCUUCUGGGGGUUCAUCACACUGGGCAGACUCAUUUCUAUCCCUGUCUCCUACAGAAUGAAGCCAGCAACCAUGGUUUUCAUCAAUGUGGUUGGAGUGCUUAUAACAUUCUUCCUACUCCUAAUUUUUUCUACCAGUGUGGUUUUCCUCUUUGUGGGGACUGCCUCUCUUGGCCUCUUCCUCAGCAGCACGUUUCCCAGUGUGCUGGCCUACACUGAGGACAUCCUCCAGUACAAAGGCUGUGCCACUACUGUAUUGGUGACAGGAGCAGGAAUUGGAGAGAUGGUUCUACAGUUGCUGGUAGGGUCGAUCAUUCAUGAUCAAGGAAGCUAUAGUUUCCUGGUGUGUGGAACCAUCUUUGGAGCUUUGGCUUUUACUUUCUACGUCUUCCUUCUAUUUUUCCACAGGAUUCACCCUCAGUCCCAAUCAGAUAUGGAUGUAUCACCUGAUAAGCAACCAACAAUAGGGGAACACGGACUUUAUCAGAGUUAAAUAAAACAGCAAAUUCUUACCUGGAUCAAGCACAUGGUCAUUUCACCUGAAAGAUUUGUUAUCAAAGCCUGAUUUGAAACUACCUGAUUUUUCUACAACUGAACUCCUUGAUUACAGUUCAUUCCCAUUUAUGAUUAGAAGGGAAUGGUGAUAACAACGAGGAUUGAGGGACAAUCUGCAGAAUCCUAAGGAGGCCAAACUUUUGAUAUAUGAUCAAUUAAAAUCCAUUAAAAAGCUCAGUUGAAAAAAAAAUGUACUGUCAUUUUACAGACCUUGCUGACAGGAAACUGGGGGUAGGGAUGGGGAUAUAGUAGUGUUUUAUAUGUAGGAAAUUUUGGAAAGCACCCUUCUUAAUUAUGUAUGCUGCAAAGACUUAGUUGCAGGAAAAUUUUAAAAACCUCUACCCUUUGUGUUGUACAUAGCCAGAAUAAAUAUGUUGUUAUAAAAUUGCCACCCAGCUUGAAGUAUUCAAGUUUUGUCUGUCCCCAGAUGGGAUUUUAUUAUGUUCUGGUGGUAAAAAGCACCUAGAUACUGUAGAUAGUACAGUAUAUAGUUCAGGUAAAGGUGGGUUGUUUGAUUGAAUCAGUAUAAGCAGGCCUUUUAACAUUAGCCUGUGGUAUAAGCCAGAUAGGCUACUUUAUUUGUCAGAAAAGCCCAAGUCCUAAAGUAUUAAAAAAAUUUAAAGUACAUGAACAUAAAUGUUAUGUCUCUUGCAAUUGUGCAAUAUUGUAUAAUAGGUGCCUUCCAGGAAGAGAACUUGAGAAGUACUAAAUAAGUGGCGGCUAUUCUCAUGACUGUCUCAAAUGAAGGUAAUGGGAUAGGUGGGAAUUGCAAAUGCUGUCCCAGGGGUGGGUGGGGUAUACAUCUGUUAUGUAUAUAUGAAAGAAUGUUAAAUAUGGUAUUGUUGCAUGAACUUGUGAAGUGACCAAGAUGGGACCCAGCAACAUUACUUAAGCUAUUUUUUCGAAGAGGCUUGUUGCACUUCUCAUUUCAAAAUUGUAUAUUUAUACUAAAUUUGUAUUGCAAUGUGGCUUUCAGAUUGCUAUGUUGCAUGGGUAUGCACCUUCAUCUUUGAUUUUCAUGUUGUUUAAACUUUAAAAUGCACUGUCCUUAUUACAGAGCACGUGUACUCACGUUUAUAUAUUCAGAUGAGUGUAAACUUUUCUAAUUCCCCAUUUCUAGAUUUUUAGAUUUCUAGACCAGAAGGUCAAUAUUAGUAUCAAUUUCAUGUGUGAAAAUUCUGGCAUUAUGCAAAGCUGAAGCUGAUGAAGACAGAAGCUUCUGCUGCUACAAAAGAAAGGUCUCCAUACUGUAUUAUCUGCAAGCUAUUUUUAAUAUGUGAGAAUGAAAAAUUAAUUAUACAGUAAUAUAUUAAAAUUAAGAAUAAAUUUAAGUUUGCCCACCUACUUGCUGGAGUGCAGCAUCCAAUCUAUCAAUAGCCAAAUAUAGUUCAUACCAAAAUACAAACCAGGAUUGAAAAAUUUAACCUUCAAUCAUGUUGUUUGCUUGAUUUGCAUUUCUAUAAUCACAGUUUAUUUUGAUUGUAUUUAUCAAUCAGGUUAUUUUGAUUGCAGUUCGAACCCAGAGAUUGUGGUUUGUAAAAGAUGGUUUAGUAUGUCAUAUAAAUGCAACCAAUUGUGAUUUAUUCUAUAACCCACAUUGAGCAAAAUACGGAUUAACAUAUUGUGUGAACUCAGUCUGAGUAAAA